UCGAGGCUUGCGGUCUUGAGUAUAUGGGAACGCCAAACGCCAAAAGUGACAGAGUGUAGGAGAAGAAGAUGAAGAAGAACAACACAGGAGAAGAAGAUGAAGAAGAACUACCUCAGACUCGGAGAGACAGAGCGAUGAAUCACGGGUUGAAGAGAUAGAGCGCCUUGACUAAUUAAAGAAGCACCGUGGGUGAAGCGACAGAGCUCGGAGUGACUAAAGAGACAGAGAACCGUGAGCCGUGACUGAAGAAGGAUGAUGGUCAAACCUUGGAGACACAGAGCAAAGCUCACGUGAGAAAGGGGAAAGGAUCGACUGGAACUGGACGAAAGUUAGGGCUUUUGAUUUCUGGAAAUGAGAAAAAAAAAAAAGGCUAAAAUGCUAAGUUUUGGCUACAACCUGUCUCCGCCCUUUUCCGAUUGAAACUGGAAAAGUAGAUGCGCCGCUUCCACAUCCUGUAUCUGACACGGACACAUCGGCAUUUUGCACGUAUUCGUGCUUCCCAGGUUCUGAUCUUAUCUUCAAUCUUCAAACAAAAUGGAAGAAGUGAGGACAGCCAUUGGAAUCCAGGGCAAUGUAGAAUGUGUCGGUGCCAAAGAGGACGAUAAUGACUGCAGUGAGGCGAUGAGAAGCUGAGAGCAAGUUGAAGUCAUCAUGGAGAGAAGGGAGGGAGCCGAUGAUCGUGAGGAAGCUAAUCAUUUUGAUCUUUAUAGUGCCGAGUAGGUUAGAGAGCGAGACUGGAGGAAGAAAGGCAAAAUUUGAACCUAAUUCUUUUAUCCAUAUAUUUCUUUUUUCGUGUUUAAUCUCGACUCUAUCUCUCCCAUUCUUUGUCUUGGAUUCAAAUUUCAAAUUUCAAAACAAAAUCAGGUCUGUUGUUCUCUCAAUGGAAUUAUUUUCACCCAAAACAGGAUUCUCUCUCCUGUUGGUUGAUCUUCUUAGUGAGAAGCAUUGAUGACUAUAUCAAGAUCCCAAACAGCCUCCUGCAAUUUGGUGACCACCUUCAAGGGACAAAGUGGUGUAUAGAUCAUAUGCAAGCAAAACUCAUCUUUCAAGACAAUUUACAUCUUAAUUAGUCUUCUUGUGUGCAAAUACUAUAGUGAUUUGGCAUCAAUUUGUAUUUUAUUAAUUUCGGUUUGUUAACUUCCAUGUUUCUUUUACUAUAUACGAGCAUCUUAAGAUUAUAGCCUUUUUUUUGAUGAUUAUACCUUUAUUGGUUACUUUCUUAGAUUUUUCUUUUAAUUUUGGAGUGUCAAGCAUGUAAUAAUUGCUAUAGUAGUAUCUGUGAAUUUUAUUUUGCUAGAACGUAGUGUGUGUUGAAUUCAUAACGGCCACUAAGACAAAUGGUCAACAUGAGGAGGGAAUUUGGGUUUAUACAGAACAUCUUAUACUAAUAAAGUUGCAUAUCAGUGCAAUUUCAUUUUAUAGUAUCAUAGUACUCAGACGUCACAGUGGUGACAUCAAAUGGCUAUUUUCUAUUUUACAUUUUUCAUUACAAUAUCUAGCACUACAUCACUGAAAUUCAUUUAGGGGCCCAAAAAAAAUCUUGGAUUAGGAGUGGGUUCCACUGCAAACAUUAGAAAUACUCAAACCAUUCAAGGAAAUGCCACUCUUGGGGGAUUCCCCAUUGCUUGACCAGGUACUGGGGGUAUGAUGCCUAGAAUGCCAAGGACUAAGAAGAUACCAUGAUCUUUUUCUCUGAUCUUUUAUGUGGACUUGCAUCUUUUCUUAGGGUUGGGGAUUUGGGUGCUCUAUUGGUUGAAACUUGGCAAAACUUAAUGUGAGCUAUGAGAAAGGCAAUGACAUUGCUUAUGUUAUUAGUUGAAAUUAGCAAAAAGCUUGAGAUUUUUAGAAUUAUAAGGAGGAUAGCAAGUUUUUUCCAUCUUUUAUUGAAAUUUUAAUAGGCGUGUAUUAAUGUUUACAUCUAAAUUAUUUUUUCUCAAUUAUCUCAUGUAAAAACCAUGCAACAUACGAGAUUUAAUCCAGUUUAGAGAUAAACGAAGUGGGUUUUGAUAGUUUAAAAAUAAUAGGGAAGAUCAUUAUAAAGUCCCAAGCAAGCAGUCUAACUGCCUUAAAAUCAACUAAUUAUAACGUGGUUAUAAAUAAGGUAAAUGUGUAUUUUUACUUUUAAAAUUUUGUUGAGGAGCAUGCAGCACCUUAAACUAUUGGUUAGAAUAAUUUUUCAUUUAAAAUAAUUAAAAUAAAAUACUUUUACCCUUCUCAUUAAAUUCUUUAAUAGUCAACGUUGGAGUUUUAGUUAAUAUUUCAAACGGUUAACAUAGAGAAUUUGGUGGCAAGGGCAAAAAUGCUUUGUUUUAAUUAUUUUAAAGGUAAAAUUGUUUCAGCAAAUAAUUUAGGAUGCUAGGCAUUUCUUAGAAAAUAUUUUAGGGACAAAAAUACACCUUUACCCUUAUACAUAAGAUUUUGUGAAUUGACCAAAAUAGCCAUGAUUUUUAUAAAAAAAGAAACGCCCAGGCCCAACACACGCCCACAGGCCCUUCUCCCCAUCUUUAUCUCUCCUAGCAACACCCUCGAUCGACUAUGGCAAUCUGUGUUGCUCUUAAUCUUAUUCCUGAAAAAUUGCCCAGUAUAGGCUAAGGGUAUAAAUAACAAAAUCAUUAACAGAAGCUCCCUUCACUCAACAAUUCCAAUGACGUAUCCUUCAAAAGUAGAGUUCUUUGGUUAUAAUCAAUCAGCCGAUUCCAAUUCUCCUGUUGAGCACCGAAUGUGCUCCCGCAUUGUUCCUCGGUAUAUACGUUAUAUUUAUGAUACUUUUGUUUGAUGUGAUUGCUAGGUAAACACAAUAACAAGGUUGGGGAGAUGGAGGAUACAACCAACGGUAUAGUAAAAAAUCCCAGAAGCAAUACUAAGUUUGAAGAUCUUCCUCAACAUCUCAUCCACCACAUUAUGAUGAAAUUUCUCCUUUACAAGGACUCAACGAAGUUGAGUGUUCUAUCCAAAGCCUUUCAUUCUUUGUGGCUUUCUUUUCCUGUACUUCACUUUGACUACAAAUUCUUUGAACAACAUGAAGACCCACAUGACAGCUUCAUGUCUUUCAUCCUCAAAACCCUCCACCUUCGUCGUCCUCAAGGGCCAUUGCGAAGGCUAAGCGUAAUUUACUCUGAAGGGAAUUCUACCUUCAAUAUGGUAUUUGAUGCGUUGCUGCACUUUGCAAUAGAGAACAACACUAAAGAGAUAGCCUUUUAUGUAAGUUCCAAGCACAGCAUCAAUGUGAGAUACGACUCGCUUCUCCGUCUAAUUUCUUCACAAUGCUUGACUGGGCUCAAGCUUGAAGGAUUUAUUAAAUUUCCAAUUGCUGAUCUUAUCAUACUGUGCCCAAGAUUGAAAGAGCUAGAAAUCGCGAGAAGCGAAGGACUGCAAACUGUAACAGUUUCAUCUUUGUCUCUGGAGAAGGCAUGCAUCGGUCAUUCUUUAGAGUUAAAAGAAGUUCAUUUGAAAACAAAGAAUCUACGGUAUUGCUCGUUUGUUGACCUUCCCCACCCUUGUGAAAUCAACUUAUCUGCUUGUGAAUCCAUAAAAGAUAUGCAUGUAUGUGGUGUAAAGGUCACAAAGAACUUGAUAGAAUUAGUCACUGGGAGGUUGAACAUCAGUGACUGUGACAUUCCUGAGAACCUGAGCAUUCAUAAUCCUAGAAUUAAAGACUUGCGGAUGAAUAGAAAUGCUAAACUGGAGAACCUAUUUCUCUUGGCUCCCAAUCUAGAAUGUCUUCGCGCCUAUGAAUUCGAAGGACAGAGACGGGUAUUAUACAAUAUCUCAUCAGCAUGCGCGGCUCUCAAGGUUUUGGACUUGAUGGGAGUAACUGUAACUGAUGAAUGGGUGAGAAGUACAAUAUCAGAGUUAGGUUGUCUGAAGGAAUUAAGCUUAAGUCAUUGUCAUGGGUUAGAGAAGAUGGAGCUGAAAAUGACAAGCUUGAGAGGUUGUCAUUGAGGGGUUGCUCCCAUUUAAAAGAAGUCAUUGUUGAUGCGCCAAACUUAAUCCAUUUUUACUAUUGACAAAGCCGAAUAAUCAUGCCUCCUGUUUAUCCGAUCGUGAAAAUUUUAUCAACCAAAUGCAGUUCUGCCGAAAUUGAAUUACUAUCUCGCUUCAAUGAUAUUAUAGAUACUCACUCAUGGUUCGGUAACAUUAUGCAGUUUCUCUCUUGUUUUGAUCACGCCAAAGACCUCAC